AAAUCUCCUCCCUUUGUGUUGUCAUUGCAGAGAGUCAUGUGGGGAGGGAAUGAGACAGAAUCCACAAAUUUCAUCCUCCUGGGAUUCUUCCCUGAAUUUAGAUACAUCACAGCUUUGGUUUCCAUUGUUCUUCUUAUCUACAUGGCUGCCUUCAUUGGCAACACUCUUCUGGUCCUCCUCAUUUGGUUGGAUUCCCGGCUCCAUACCCCCAUGUACUUCCUGCUCAGUCAGCUCUCCUUAAUGGAUUUGACUUUGACCUCUAGCAUCAUACCCAAGAUGGUGGCCAACUUCUUCUCUGGAUGGCAAAGCAUCUCAUUCCUGGCUUGUGGGACUCAAAUAUUUUUCUCGCUGACAGUAGCCAUUGGAGAAUGCAUCCUUAUAACUGUCAUGUGUUUUGAUCGCUAUGUGGCUAUCUGCAAUCCCCUGCGGUACCCUGUCAUUAUGAGUCCUAGGAUGUGCUGGCAGAUGGCUGCCAUGGCUUGGGCUGGAGGUGCCCUUACUUCCUUUGGCCACACUGCUUUCACCUUACAUUUUCACAUCUGCAGCCCCAGAGAGAUUCCUCACUUCUUCUGUGAAGUCAUGGCUGUUCUUAGGAUUGUCUGUGAGGGCAUCUCAACCUAUGAGAAGGCUGUAGUGGUGACCAGCAUCCUAGUCCUGCUGCUGCCCUUAUCUCUCAUCUUAUCCUCCUAUGUUCUCAUCUUCCUUGCUGUACUCCAAAUGAACUCCCCAGAAGGCAGGAACAAGACUCUGACCACUUGCUCCUCUCAUCUCUGUGUGGUGGGUCUCUAUUUUGGUCCAGGUAUGUGCAUCUACAUGAGGCCUGGUUCUGCCAAGACUCCAAAGUUGAACCAGGGUCUCUUUCUCUUUGGGACUGUCCUUACCCCUCUCCUGAACCCUCUUGCAUACAGUCUCAGAAACAAAGAAGUUCUAUGUUCACUAAAAAAGUUGAUGGGGCGGUUUCAGUCCACCAGAUAGAGGGCAGAGUUUUCCUUUUAGCUGCAAAG